CUCUAUGUGAUCGUCCUCGGGACGCCAUCCGCUCCUGUCCGCCUGUAAUUUUGCAACCCAGUCGUUGCCGGCCAUCGUGGCCUCAUGGAAGGCACCUAUCGACCGUUCAAGGUACCGAGGGUGACGCCUGCUCAGGCCUCGUACUUGGAAGAGAGCCCGAUCAGAUGGCCUCUCUCUUUCCAUCCUCCUGCCAUGAUGCGUUGUCGUCAGACUCCUUCAGUGGACUCACCUCGGCCUGCCCAUCAAUCGCCUCUAGCCUACCACGAGUGCAUCACAGCGUACACUUCGGAUGGACCCUACGGCUCCGGCUCGUCGACCGCAAAGGAUCAGUCCUCAGAACUUGAGAGAUUGACAAGGCAGCUCACUCAUAUUGAGCAAGACGAGGAAGCCAUGGAGGACGUUCAGAGUCCUUUCCUGGCCUCUGCAACGCUCAGCAAGCUCAACCGAUCUUGCGAUCAAGGCCACAAGCAGGAGCACGAGCCCGCUCAAGCAUCGUCCUUUCCGCUUGCGCCUGCUUGCGAGAUCAGCCCUCGCAAAGCCUAUCCAUCGCCCGAUUCUGAUCACCACAGAUCAAUGCAAGGUGAUAUGCCGGGCGGGGCAUUGUCAAUGUCAGACAGAUCGUUCGACAUGUCAAGACUCGACACGCUUGCUUUCGUGUCCGAUUUCAUCCGUCAGCAGAGAGAGGCGCACCGAGCUUCGGCCGAGAUCCUGCUCUGUACACCUGUCCGUGUUGGCUCUCGGUCUAUCGAACAAUCACCAGACGCUGGCUCAAUGCUCUUGCAGUCUGUCCCAGCCUCGCAAUCUCAGCCACUCUCUCAAGACAACGAACUCGCUCGCUUGGUGAAAACGUAUGCUUGCGCAGAACAACCUUCGCCUAUACAGAGGGUGCAGCUCAAGAGUGAGCUGCUGCAGAGACGCGAAGGUACCAGGUUGCGACAGAUCAUCCAAGACGAAGGCUCUGACCAGUGCGGCACGCCAAAUCAGACCGAAGCCAAUGCGAUGCCAUCUACAUCCCCCAGCUACCCAAAGUCAAAGAUAGAGACUAAAGCCGCGACGCCUCCGUAUCUAACACCGGCUGGACAUCGCUCAUUACUCGCAUGCUCACCUGCGCCUGCAAACUCUGCCCGCACAUCUUCGCCAGCGCGUCAGGCUCACCGUCCGGCACAGCAGACACGAUUGAUCGCAAAAGGCGACUUGCCGGCCAAAAAGUACAUGCCCACAAAGGUUCGAUCGACGGCCAAGUCACGUCCGCCAGUCAAGGCACGCCCAUCUGACAACAAAGCUUCCCCUGCCAAAAGUCUUGCGUGUGAUCAAAGUCGGUCUGUCGCGCUACAAUGCUUGCCUGCCAAUCCUGUGCGGUCCUCCCUCCAGGGAGCGCUGCAUACUACAUCCACCAUCUCCGACCCUUGCCACUCAUCCACUGCAGCGCUGCCCUUGCAGCGACAAGGAAGCACGCCUACAUUGCUGAACCUCGCGUCAACAGAUCCAUGCCUCACAAGAGGCAACUUCGUAAGAUCGAGAGCUCGAUCAACAACCAUCAUCCAGACACAAAGAGCUUUAUUCGCGUCCUAUGGGACGAGUGCGAUAACGAAGCCAACAAGGACUAUCUACGCUGGGAUGGAGAGGGUCUUCGCCUGCUUGUUCGCUUACAAUCUACCGAACUGGGUCAGAAAGUCCUGCUACCUCAUUUCGGCCACGCGAAUGGAGCUAGCUUCCUGCGCCAGCUCAAUGUUCGUCUCCCUCGCAGCGCCGCUUGUGAGAUGCUUAUUGAUGCUUGUGACAGGUCUACACUUUUGUGCGAUUACAUCGAGACUCCCUGCAGACAGUCUUGGCGAGCAACAAUCUACUCGAUGCCCCGCCGACAGAUCCUUGGUCCUGCUUCUUCCAAGAUGACUGGAUCAGAUCCGGCGGGACAGACAAUCUACGCAAGAUCACAGCCAACAGCAAAUUCGCUCGCCAAGACCCACCCGCUCACAAGACGAGGCUAGCGCGUAUCAAUGCUAGCGCCAAGCUCGCCCGAGUCGCUGUCGAUCAGUGACGAUCUAUCUCGGAGCAGCCUAAAGUGUCCCUCUAUAGAGCACGCUGUGUCGUCGCGUCCGACAAACAUGCAGAAUUGGUUUGUGAUCGACGUGAUCGGCCAAGCAAAAAAAAGCGUGAUCUGAUCAUGAGGAAUCGGACACGCGCCGCGUGCCUAUCCUUGGCUUCCAAGCAACACCGCAGUCGUUUUCUUCUCGGAAGGCUAGACAUUCGUUUCUCGUUCGCAUACAGUCGAAGGAGCUCACUCUCUGACUA